AUGCCUUUUUUCAUUAGAAAACCAAACUCUGAACCAAAAGACAAAAAACGCAAGAAAUUUCUUAAAUCUGAAAAUGCCAAGAAAAAAACGAAAUCCACAUCAUCUGAAUUCACAAAUGGUCAUACAAACAAGAAAUCGAAAAAACAGAAAGACAUUAUAGACGAAAACGAAGAAAUUCCGAGUGAUAGUGAUCUUGACGAAGAUGACGAACAAAACCGUCAGACAAAUGGAACUGUUCGAUUAGAUAAUCUCUUAUUAAACGAAGAAGAUGACGACGACGAUGAAAAUAACGUUCAUGAGCAACGGUUGAAACGUGCGAAAGAAUACAUUGAACAGAUUGCCAAACAAGAAAAAGAACGUGAACUCGAUCGUGAUACUGUUUCCGAACGUCUUCGUGAUGAUGUCCUUGAACAAGCGGGUAAACUUCAUCGUCAAGUUGCUUCAAAUUAUUCUCAACCUGUUCUUCUUCACACAUGUCGUGGCCAUCAACAAAGUGUCACUUGUGUAUGUAUCUCAUAUGAUAACAAAUAUGCAUUCACUGGAUCAAAAGAUUGCAGUAUUAUUAAAUGGUGUUUGUUAACUGGUAAAAAACUUCAUUUGAUACGUCGAAUUGUGAAACCCACUGAAACAAACGAACGAGUACCAAUUGUUGGACAUUACGAUCAUAUUCUUGCAAUUAGUAUUUCAACUGAUGGACAGUUUUUGGUGACAGGAGAUCGUGCAGAUUUGAUUCAGGUAUGGAAUGCACAAACGUGUCAACAUUUGAAGACUCUCCGUGGACAUCAAGGACCGAUUACUGGUUUAGCCUUUCGUCGUAAUUCCCAUCAAUUAUUCAGUGCGUCUCAAGAUCGAUCAGUCAAACUUUGGAAUCUAGAUGAAAUGACCUAUGUUGAAACAUUAUUUGGUCAUCAAGAACCAAUUCAAGCAAUUGAUGCGUUGAUGCGUGAACGAUGUGUUACCGCUGGUGGCCGAGAUGGCUCAUUGAGAUUAUGGAAAAUCGUUGAAGAAUCACAUUUAAUGUUUACUGGACAUAGAGGUUCAAUUGAUUGUGUUGCUUUAAUUAAUGACGAACAUAUGGUUUCUGGCGGUGAUGACGGUGCAAACAUUGCGUAUGUAAAAAUAGAUGAAUGUUUUCACUGCCGAAACCUUAAUAUAUUCAAAUAUACCGAUAAAUGCAUCGCUCUUUGGUCGACAGGCAAACGUCGUCCUCUUUAUAAUCUACCUCGUGCUCACAAAUUUACGUCAUUCGAUCCACUUGUAAUUCCAUCAUCCUUACCUGAUGAUUUUUGGAUCACAGCAUUAGCUUCACUUCGUUACACUGAUUUACUUGCCUCAGGUUCAUUCAAUGGCACAAUUCAAUUAUGGAAAUCAACACCUGAAUUCAACCAUUUGAUCCCUCUUUUUACAAUAUCACAAGUUGGUUUUGUUAAUGAUCUUAAAUUUUCUUCCGAUGGAAGUUAUCUAGUUGCCGGCAUCGGUCAAGAACACCGACUUGGUCGAUGGUGGACAGUGAAAUCAGCUAAAAAUUCUGUUCUGAUUUAUAAACUCGAUAAAAAUACGAACUAG